GCAAUUAUAUGUCUAUCUAUUCCGCUGCGAAGUGCAGAAAGUACAGCUAAAGCAAACGAGUCCAAUCUGCACCCCACUUCAGCAUUGACCGCGCUGCGAAGUUCGCGCGAAGGUUACGUCAUUCGAGUUAAUCGAGAGACAAGCGCAAAGAUAAGCGGGAGGACACUUCCGUCAGCGUCGCGUGCGAGCUCACCAAUGCGCCGCUUAAUUGUAAGUUGCAACCAGCAAAGCGAAGAUCGUCGAAGCCGAAGACGCACGUCGUCAUGACGCAUCGUUCGCGCAUCGUCCCCGGCACGCGAGCGAGAUACUUUUGAGGUUACCGCCGCUCACGAGUGGAAUUUUUCCGGCGCGAGCCUUCAGAAAGGCUUCCCGCUGACGAAGCGAGCACGAAGAGCCGCGGCAAAGCGCACACGUGGCACAUCAGCGACGUGGCGCGCCGACGAUCGACGGCUAUUUUCGGCCGCCUCGGUGAGUGUGUCAAAGGGCAAGGCUAGAGGAUAGCGGCGAGAGGACCGUUCCGGGAAGACUGCCAGUCAGCUCGCGACUAUGCCACGCGACGGACACCGCGACACCCGGUGACGCCUGUCCAGAGCACGGAAGUCUGUCUGCCCCCUCGCCCGACGUCGAUGACAUUACUCGGCACAGUGGUAUAAAAAACACGUCAGGUUUUAAGCAUCUCAGCCAGUCUCGCAGGCGACUCUCUCUCUUCUGUUAUUUCUCUCUCUUGCUCCCUACGACCUGCAUCACCAUGAGCGUCCCCGAGAGUGUCACAAAGUGCGUGUCCAUCCUGAAAGCAGUGGACUCAGAUUCGGAGAAGUUCGCGGCACUCUUCAUGGUCACGAAGCUCGUGGACGGCAAGGACUGCAGUCCGGCCGCCAAGAAGAUGCUCUUCGAGGCCAUCGGCGCCAAGUUCUUGCAAAGGUUGCUCGCCAGCGACAGCGUGCCGGUGGACUGCCCGCCGCAGGUGUACAAAUCGGUGGCGUUGUCCAUCUUAACCGCCUUCUGCGGGGAGGCCGAGCUGGCUUCUCACCCGGACAUGGUGGCACACAUCCCGGCGCUGCUGGAUAUAGUGUCUCAGGCCGACGAGGACGCCGCGGACGACAUGCUGAUUAUUGUGAGUGAGGCGUACACCUGCCUGCAGAGCAUCGCGCAGCACCCACCUGGGCAGAAGGCGCUGCUCGAACAGCAGGCGAUCCCGAAGAUGUGCGACAUCUACGCGGAGAAGAGCUUCCAGACGGACGAGGCGCUUAACAUCCUGGUGACGUUGGUCGGCCGGUUCGGCCCGGAAGCUUGGCAUCCGACCGACAGCACGCCCUUCCACGCGAUCAUCCACAAGGUCGCCUUGGACUUUGAAACCGACCACACGGAGAGGAAGUUCCAGCUAUGCGCGAUCCUGCAGGCCCUGCUGCAGUCCAGCAGGAAGGACGUGGUCUCCGCGUCCGCGAAGGAGGAGUCUUGGCCGUUGAGCAUCCACAAGGGCUUGAGCGACAUCUUGGGCUCGAAGAUCAGCAAGAACCAACGGGACCCUGCUCUGAAGCUCGCGGCCGUGAUGAUGGAUCUCUUGGGAGCAGAGUGGAGUAUGUGCGACAAAGAGAAACCCAAGAUACUCUUGCUGUUGUUGAUACAGCUGGCGUCCAUCGAAGUGCGGAUGCAGCUGGAAGGGAAACAGCUGAAAGCUGUGCUCGCCAAUGCCGAGUUGGUCACUGCCUGCUUCGUCAUCCUCGAAGUCUCUCUGGGCUAUAUCGUCGCGGAUCAGCUGGACUUGGACCAGAAGGAGAAGCAGUCGCUAUACACAGCCCUGAAGGGCUCCUUUGCAGCGGUCAUCGGUUUGCUCAAUGCCGUGUCGAAGAUGAAGACGUUGACGAAUAUGGAGGAGAAAAUGUUCGUCGUCGCUGUCGUCAGGGUGCUGACAGCUUGGCUCGCUCAGGAAACCACCGCGAUGCGUCCUCAGGUUUACGCCGUACUGCCGUACGUAUUGACGGUGGCAAACGAUACCUUCUACGCGCAUCGCAACAGAAAACUAGCCGAGAAAGCCAAGGCUGGCAAGACGGACGAAGGGACGUCUUCUGGAGAACCGGUCGUUCACGACCCGAUGAGCGAGAACGACAUACUGAGACUACUGUUACCCGCUUUGUGCUACUUGGCCGUGGAAGAAGACGCCCGGAAGAUUCUCCUUAAGCACAAGCAAGACGAAGUCCUGUUCGAGUGCCUGUCCUAUCAUUGGACCAUCGUGCACUACAAGAAGCCGCCGGUGCCAAGGGCAGAGCGUCUGAAAGCUCUGCAGGAUGGCAAUCGUACGGAGGACUUGGACUCGAGUCUCUUGGAGGACAUGAAGGACUCCAGAACCGCGAUGGUGUCCAUCUGCAACGUCCUGAUGAACAUUACCGUGUUGGAGGCGAAACUGGUGGAGGAGUCGCCGACGUUCAUCUCGCUGUUGAAGUUCAUCUUCAACAAUCUACCGGAGCUGAAGCAAAUCCCGGAGAACUUGGUGCUGCACGGCCACUUGGCCGUCUUGGGCUUGCUGUUGCUGAAGCAGCAGGCUAAGCGCGUGAAGAAGAACGACUUCUCGAUAUGCCGUUACAUUCAGGCGACCAUAAGGUUCCUGUGGGACGCAUACAUCAUCGACGAGGGCAACGACCCUACCGAGCUGGUGGUCGCCAUAUCGUACAAAGAGCACUGGUUGGAGCUGAUGGAACUGUGGUUCCUGGGCAUGCAGACGAUGGCCGGGGUGUUGCAAGUGAUACCUUGGCUGUCGCAGUUCACGCUGGAGUCCGGCUGGGCGGAGGAGAUAAUUGAGACCCUGAAGAAAGUCAAGAUAGGCGGCCUGCAGCCGAACGUCAAGUCCGCCUUCGAGGAUCUGCUGUGCCACUUGGUGAAGGCCGACAACAGCGUCGGCUCGGUGCUGAAGAAGUGCGGCGCGUUGACCGUCUGCCGGAACCAUCGCAUGAUGGAGCUCGGGAAGCAUCUCUUCGGAGACUAGGACGAACACUGAUCUACGUUGCUCUAUGUAGCUCUCUUGGUUUUUCUCUUGGCUAGUUUUUAAGCGCGAACCCGCGCGUGUUGGUUGCUCUGUUGUAAUUAUAUCGUCCACUUGUAUCGCGGGCGAACUUGAUGUAAAAAAUGUACGAUGUAGAGAUGCGAGAUCAGGCUGAGGAUCAGUCGAGUGAUCGAUUUGAUCGAUCGAUCAGCCGACCGAUCGGCACGAAUUGUACUUUUCUACAAAAGAAUAGCUUUGUAAGUAGCUUCCGUAGGAUUCUGCGACGCGAAUUAUUAUUGCACACGUCUCCCGCUUAGGGGAUAUUUGAAGUACACAUGUGUCCGUAGUCCAGGAUAUAUUUAGACGGCAUCACGUCUGGAAAUAAUCUCCUGGCAAGCAAGAAGGCUAAGAGGCUUCACGCUCGGAGGAAUAUUUCGUAAAUCGUGUACAUCCGGAGAUACAUCAGCCUUUUUUUUUAACAUGAGAUUUUUCGAUACACAAAUACACUCGCUUUUGUCAGUUGCAAUCAAACGCUUCUUGUAUUCCCCUGCACCGCGGAAAGGAAGAUCGUUACGUUAGUUUUAAUCUGUGAUCUUGAGAUGCUUACCAUUGAAAUACGCAUACACACACACACACACACACACACAAAACACACUCUGAGACGUCUAGCGACAAAUUGUUUAUGCGACGAAGAUUUUGUAAUGCGAUGCCAAAGUGCUUUCCUAUUAAACGGAAGGAAUUUUCUAA